GCCGGCGGUGGGGCAAGGGUAGGGGGCAGAGCUGCUCUGGGACGGGAGCUCGGCCAGCGUGAAAGCGCCGGCGGAUCCCCUCUCCAAACUCCCGGUCAGCGGCUCCGAAGCGCGCGGCGGCUCCGGCGAGUCCCGGAGGGCUGGGGGGGGCUGCCCACCCUCAGCCCCAGGCUGGCCCUGGGCAGCCGGCUGUGGGCAGGGGAACCGGCGGCGCCCGGGACCCCCGGUGCGGGCUCCCCCCGCCGGUCUCCCAUUGGCCGCGGGGCGGGACGUGCCGCCCCGCUCCCGGCCCUAUAUUAGGGCAAUAUUGCCCCGGCGGGGUGUGGGGAGUGGCGCGGCCCCGCGGGCCAUGGACCUGGGGUACUUUCCCCUCGCCUUCCCGCCCGGGCUGUGCCGCGGGUCCCCGCAGCCCCCCUACCCUCGGCGGGGGGACGGCGCCUUCCUGGCGCUGGGCACUGUGGCCACCGCCGCGCCCCCCCUGCCGCCUGCCUCCGCGGGGGCGGCGGGGUAUGCGGCCGCCCCUCCCGCAGCUCUGGGCGCCGGCUACCGGCCGACCCGCGGAGCCGGGCCGCCGGGCUUCGCCACGUCCAUCUUCCCCGGGAGCGGCCGCCCGCCGCCGCCGCCGGAGCCCGGCUGCCCGUGCCCCUGCCCCGGCGCGGGCGGCGGGGGGCUGCGGCGCCCCUCGCCCUGCCCCGAAGCCGCCCCCGCGCCCGGCUCCCCGGCCCCCGCGGCGGCCCCGGCGGCGCCCCGCACCUUCGAGUGGAUGCGAGCGAAGCGGAGCCCGCCCGGGAGAAGCGGCGCGGCGCCGUGCGGGGGGGAACCUCCCGCCUGCCCCGCACGCACCAGCUUCAGCACCCGGCAGCUCACGGAGCUGGAGAAGGAGUUUCACUUCAGCCGGUACCUGUCACGGGCCCGCCGCCUCGAGGUGGCCCGCUCGCUGCGCCUCCGCGACGCCCAGGUGAAGGUCUGGUUCCAGAACCGCCGCAUGAAGCAGAAGAAGCGGGAGCGGGAGGCGCUGGCCGCCCCCGCCGCCGCCCCCACGGGUGCCCCGGGCGGCCCCGCAUGAGGACCCGCCGCCCCGCACCGAGAGGUCUGCCCGGGACGUCGGGGCUGGGCUGGAAGCUGCGGCCGGCGGGGCACCCGCGACGUCCUUCCACGCGGGACCGCGGCGACGCAGCCGCGCUGUUUUUUUUUCUGUUGCAACUUAUUUACGGUUUCACUUGUGAAGAUUCAGGGAAAAGUGCCAGCCCGAAACGCUGCUCCUCGACUUCGGGCCGGGCCCAGGCACGGGGCUGGUGCAGCAGGGAGCUGCCGGGACCGCCGCUCCCCCCGGGGAGGGCAGAGAGCAGCUCCGCCAGCUCCCCGGGAUCCGCAGAGCGGUGGGGGCACGGCGGGCCGCCCCAAGCUUCCGACCCCUUCUUCGUUUGGCAUUUAAAAAGAAAGAUCCGCAGGCUCAGGCAAAGUUCACGCAGGAGAAGGGGAGAAACCCCGAGAAGGCAGAGCAGAGGAGAGUGGGGAAAACUUCCUCUCACAGGAAGAGGCAGGGAUGGUCACGACUACCAGCAUGAGCCCAAGGUCCCCUUUUGAAAAAAGUGCCCUUGACUUCUGCCCUACCAUUUGCAAAAUUGCUGCAAAAAAAGAGGCUUGUUAUGCUUGUAUUUAUUCCUCAUUCAUUCCCAUUCCUUUAACUGAUGUGGCUGAUA